AUGGCAGCUCCUUCUGAGAAGACACUCCAAUCCCUCUCCGGGAAAUGGACGCUCAACAAAGCAUCGUCAGAUGACUUCAUCCAGAUUUUAGCGCUCCAAGGAGUCAACAUACUCAUUCGGAAAGCCGCCUCGGCUGCAUCUGUCCAUCAGAGCAUCACACAACCAGACCCGCAACACAUUGAGGCUGUGCAGUCCGUGACCGCGGGAAAGAUCCCCGGCACAACAGAAAAAUACAUCCUUGACUGGGAAUGGCGCAGCAACAACGAUCCUCUAUUCGGAGAGGUACAAGGUCGGAGCCGAUGGUUGGGCGGUGAACAAGCGAAAAGGUUGGAGAUCGGAGACGGUGAAUGGAUUGAGGGCGAUAGUGAGGGGAAAAUAAUGCAUGCGCAAGGUAAAGCAGCCAAUGGAAAGUGGGAAGCUGACCAUCUGUGGGGGUUUGAGAUUGUCGAUGGGGAGAGAAAGCAUACGAGACGCGCAAGAGUGAAGAAUGACCAAGGAAAAGAACUCAAAGUCAAGAUGGUGUACGACUUCGAAGGGUGA